AUGUCUCCCAUCGCCAUUUCAGGUACCAAGACCCACAGCAUUGCCUGCAUACCCGCAGACGGCAUUGGCCCUGAAGUCAUCGAUGCGGGAGUCGAAGUCUUGAAGACUUUGAGCAAUGCAUCAGGAUCUUUCAAGUUGAACUUUGAAAACUACGACUGGAGCUCAGAAAGGUACAAGAAGACCGGCAAGUACAUUCCGGAUGGUGGACUGGACAGUCUAAAGAAGCACGAUGCCAUUCUGUUCGGCGCUGUUGGUGCUCCAGACGUGCCCGAUCACAUCUCUCUCUGGGGACUGCGGCUAGCAAUUUGCCAACCCCUCCAGCAAUACGCCAAUGUCCGUCCGACUCGUAUCCUUCGCGGCACCGAGUCGCCACUUCGAAAGGCCUCGCCUGGAGAUCUUGAUUGGGUCAUCAUUCGCGAGAACUCCGAAGGCGAAUACGCUGGCCAAGGUGGACGCUCGCAUAUUGGCCAGCCAUGGGAGACUUCGACGGAAGUGUCUAUUUUCACACGACACUGCGUCGAACGUCUCAUUCGUUUCGCCUUCCAAACAGCGCAAUCUAGGCCAAGGAAGCAUUUGACCGUUGUGACCAAAUCUAAUGCACAGCGAAAUGGUAUGGUGAUGUGGGACGAGGUUGCAGCUCUUGUGGCAAAAGACUUCCCAGAUGUGACUGUGGAGAAGAUGCUCGUCGAUGCCAUGACCUGCCGCAUGGUUCUUCAGCCUCAGUCACUGGAAACCAUAGUCGCCACAAACCUCCACGCAGACAUCCUCUCAGACCUCGCAGCUGCUUUGGCUGGCUCCAUUGGGAUUGCGCCGACUAGCAACCUUGAUCCGACGAGACAGAACCCGAGCAUGUUUGAGCCGAUUCAUGGCAGUGCGUUCGACAUCACGGGCAAAGGAGUCGCGAACCCCGUAGGCACCUUCUGGACUGCGGCGGAGAUGAUCAGAUGGCUGGGCGAGGAUGAAGCUGCGAAGACCUUAAUGCAGGCGGUCGAGAAGGUCUGUGAGAAUGGAGUCUUGACGAGAGACUUGGGCGGCAAGGCUGGGACUAAGGAGGUCACAGAGGCUGUCUGUGCUGAGAUCCAGAGGAUCUACGGGAAAGAUGGCAAGAAUAAUGCAUAG